UGAAUAUUUCGUCUUCCUAUUGAGAGCAGUGCACAAUACAUUUAGACAUUCUAGAGCAAUCAAGUGUUACAUCCGAUUCACCCCGCUUGGUGUAUCGAUCCAUCUUCCCCACCAUCCUGCGCGCUCCUCCGGAAUGCGCUACAGGACAUCAAAUCUACUCAAUUUGGAGGUGCCAGAACGCACUUUGCCUCCCUCAUCCUCAAUGAAAGGCGAACUGCAUCUUUCUUCGGUUGGGAUGUGUGUUGCACUGUACUUACAAAGCUGUGCGUCUCCGCGCGGUCAACAUGGUGUACGACCGAAACCUGUGCGGAUUAAUUCGUGUGGUGAAUUUCGAUGCAUCGGGGGCGCAUACCUCAGUAGUAGAAAGCGGACCUGUACCGGGUUCAGAAAGGUCGGUAGUUCUAUCGUCCACUGUGUCUGUCGUACUGCUGGACCGAAACGCCACGUUUCGAAGUUGCUGGAAGCCUGGCAGGCUGUAAGGCAAAUAAUUGACGACGCUACGAAGUAGGUGUACUUUGAAGCUCAGUCCUCAGUCUCGGGCAUUCAGUUCUUGUACACCAUCAAUAGAAGGAUAUGGUCCAUGGCAAAUAACAAAUUACGUCAGUCUGAUGGCCUACAUUCAACGCUGUCACGCUCUCCUCGAUCAUGUCGCUAUCUGUUCCACGUUGGCUUCUCCUGGCCCUGCCCGCUUUAGUUCUACCACUCCUGGUAGUCCGAAGACGCAACUCCAAGCGUUCGAAGAAAAUUCCUAGUCAUAUUGAACGCGUACUCAUCAUUGGCGCGACGUCCGGUAUCGGGCGCACCCUUGCACGGCAAUACGCUGGACUUGGUGUACGCAACCUGUGUAUUGUCGGGCGCCGAGAAGGGCUUGUUGCAGAAGUCGUAGAUGAGUGCUCUAGCAUGCGCACGGUGACAGAGGUUAUCGGGGUACCGGGUGAUUUUGUGGAUCCAAAGGCGAUGGUGCGGGUGCGGGACGAGAUCGUGCGAGCUUGGGGUGGUCUCGAUACAAUCAUUGUGGCUGCCGGUGUUUCGGCAUUGCGUCCACUUAUGGAGGUCGGAGGAGAUUCCGCCGACGGCGAUUUCGACGUCGAGCGCAUACAACGUAUCGUAGACAUCGCGAAACGGGCGGCAGACGGCAACUUCGUCGGCCCACUCGUCGCCGCGGUGACUUUCAUCCCACUACUCGAAUCCACUUCGCCUUCCCCGUCAAUCCUCCUCGUCAACUCGCUUGCCUCAGUGAUACCCGCACCGACCCGGUCAUUGUACGCCUCUACGAAGUCCGCCUCGUUGCUCUUGUAUCAAGCCCUCUCAAUCGAGCACCCACAUAUCGCAUUCACUGGGCUCCUCCCGAGCACUGUCGAAGGCGACUUCCGCGCUUCAGCAGUCGAUGGCGGACACACGCGCGAAGCAGAACCGAACAAGAGCGGGCUCAGGCGAGAGGCUGUUGCCCGACGCUGUAUGACUGCGAUUGAGCGUGGCGAAAAGAACGUGUUUAUGCCCUGGUCUAUGGGCUUGGCGCAUUUGGCGUACUGGAUGGUGCCAGGUCUUGUAGAGGCUCAGGCGAGGAAGAAAUACCGGUUCAAGGCUGCGUGA